AAUUAUUACAUUAAAAUGGAAGAAAAAACUAUGGAGAUAACCAAGUUGGUAUAUUGUAUUUCUAAACUUAGAAAAUUGAAUUAAAUGCUUCAAAGAACUUAAAAUAAAUAAGAAUGAAGACAUUUGAAAAUUUUAGAGAUGUGCGAGCCAAAUUAGAAUAUGAUGAUUUAAUUAAAGAAUUUCAGGAGUAAUGCAAUAUUUUUGGUAUUAUCAUCAUUAAUUAUAGAUGAAUAAUAAAUAUAUAACUAAUUAGAUUAAUAAGUAAAGGAAGAAUAAAAACACCAUGUAGAAGUUUAUGAAAAAUCAAUGUUGGCAAAUAUAGACACUAUAAAUCUUGAAGAGUUUUCUACCUUAGAAGAAGAGCUUGUUUGA